GUUCGCUUAAAGUCAACGCCGUUUGUUGGAAGUAGGAGACGGUGUAUUUGGUAAUGCAAGGGGAAGCUUCAAAAGCAGCAUAAUAGAGCUCCAGCAACAAACUACUGAAGGGUCUAAGAUCAUGAGUGCUGAAAUAAGUGGGCAAACAGUGCCGACCGAGGAACCGGCAGCUGCUGGUUCAGGUUCAGCUCCCAUUAAAGGAGGGUGGAAAUGCCCAUUGAGUGAUGCCCAUGUUCACAGAGAAGAUGUGAGAAAAGUUUGGAAAGAGUGCCAAGAGGAGAGCUUCUGGUACAGAGCGCUUCCAUUGUCUGUGGGCAGCAUGGCUGUCACCGGUGGUCUCAUCUACCAAGGUAUUUGGAAAUCAUCAAAGCGAUUUGGUCCUUUUCCAAAACUAGCAGUUGCAGGGAUCCUUGGAUUUGCAGUGGGGAAAGCAUCCUAUGUGGGCACUUGUCGGAGCAAAUUCCAGGAGCUUGGCAUUCAGGGUGGACCGGGGAUUGGACCCUGGUCAAAGAGAGAUCACCCUGGUCACAGACACAGGGAGGGCAGACCCUGCCACCAUGUGUGUGAAGAAUGUAAGAAAAAUGCUCCAGCAGCACCAGCUGGACAGGCUUAAAGACUGUGAGGACGGAUGUACGUGUUGGAGAGAUUUUCUGCAUGAAUUCAUCACCUUCUUAUCAAUGUCUUAAAUAAAACAUGUAAACACGUCUCAUUUUAUCAAAUAACCACUAGGGGGCGCUGCUAUCCUUUCUAUCAAAGAGCAAGCGCUUAUAGAAUUUCUAGUUUAUACAGGGAGGUGAAUAUAUGGGUAAAGCCAGGUCUUUGGACAUAAUUAUCAACAACUAAACAGUUAUUGAAUGUUAAGAAUGAGAUCUGAAAAUAAAUAAAUAACAGCCCUAUGACAGUGGAGAAAAAAAAAAAGGUUUUGCCAAACUUGAAUCAUCAGGCAUGAGUACAGUAACGACCACAUCCAUAACAGCAGCAGUAGUCCUACCUUAGGUUGCUCAGUGAAUAUGCAAUGCUUGGCUACCUUCAAAAACAACUAAGGUGUAAGGGGUUAAUCUGUACAUGACAAAUUACAGAAUUUAAUGAAAGGUGGAAUGGGGAACAUAUCUUUGAGUUUUUAAUAUUUGGUACUUACCAGUCUAAUAAUAAUAAUGGCUUCUCUUUAUUUUCUUUUCCACAUUUUGAGCAUUAAGAAAUCUGGUCUUAAUUUUGACAGUUUAUAGCACAGAAGGUGCACUUUGGAGCUGAACAGACAGCCAUAACAUUUUAAAACCUGUGCUUUCGUGUGUCUAUAAGUGAAAGCA